ACCGAGAGCCUGCUCUGACUGCUCUUAUCCUUUCCACACAUUCACUGCCUCUCGCUCCGCACUGCAAUCCCAGGCAGUUUGCAAGCACACACCCAGAGCCUGGCACUCGCUGUGCUGUGCCUCUUCAUUUGCUGCCUGUGGAUCCCACGUGCUGGGGAUUUUUCUGCUCCACACUCUACUUUGCUCCUCGUGUGCCCUGAAGAAAGAGGACGUGCUCCCUGGACUUUCUGUGGCAAGAGCUGGCAGGUUGGGAGGCCAGGAAAAGAGCACCUGUUUUCUGUUGUGCUGAGCUCCAUGGAAGCCAUACAGGAAGUUUGUAAGCAGGAAAAGUGAGGUUGGAGGCAUGAGAGAAGGCAAUGAAGAGGAUUUAAUAGAUAAAAUUGGGCUGCCAAUAGGGGCAGCGUGGUGGUGCAGGGGGUUAAUGCCCUGGCCUAAAGUGCCUGCAUCCUAUAUGGGCUCCGGUUCACGACCCGGCUGCUCUGCUUCAUGUCCAGCUCUCUGCUAUGGCCUGGGAAAGCAGUAGAAGAUGGCCCAAGUCCUUGGGCCCCUGUAUCCAUGUGGGAGACCUGGAAGAAGCUCCUGGCUUCUGGCCUUGGAUCGGUGCAACUCCGGCCGUUGUGGCUGUCUGAGGAGUGAACCAUCAGAUGGAAGACCUCUCUCUAAGUCUGAGGUAUGAUUCUGGGCACCUUCACAUAUUUCCAAGACUAAACAAAAUUAUUACAUACCCUGUGAUGCUAACAUUUGAAGACCUGGCUGUUUACUUUACCUGGGAGGAAUGGCAGAACAUGAACAAAGCUCAGAAAAUUCUGUACAGGGAUGUGAUGUUGGAGACCUACAGCAGCCUGCUCUUCUUGGGGCACUGCAUUACCAAACCUGAUUUGAUUUUUAAGUUGGAGCAAGAAGCAGAGCCAUGGAUGGUGAAUGAGUGCCUAAAUCAGAGCUUUCCAGUUGCCAUGAAAAGUGAUGACAUAAUUAGGACCAAUAAGAAAAUUCAAGAAAAAAAAUUUAAUAACAUGGCAGAGAAAUCUUAUGAAUGUAAUGACUGUGGAAAAGCCUUUGACUCUAAGUCAGCAUUCAUGAAACAUCAGAGAAUUCACUCAGGAGAGAAACCUUAUGAAUGUAAUGACUGUGGAAAAGCCUUUGGCCAGAAGUCACAUCUCAUAGUGCAUCAGAGAAUUCACACAGGAGAGAAACCUUAUGAAUGUAAUGCCUGUGGAAAAGCAUUUGGCCAGAAGUCACAUCUCAGAGUGCAUCAGAGAAUUCACACAGGAGAGAAAUUUUAUGAAUGUAAUAAAUGUGGGGUAGCCUUUGGUUUGAAGUCAGACCUCAUCAAACAUCAGAAAAUUCACACGGCAGAGAAACCUUAUGAAUGUAAUGACUGUAGAAAAGUCUUUGGCUAUAAGUCACAACUCAUAAUACAUCAGAGAAUUCACACAGGAGAGAAACCUUAUGAAUGCAAUGCCUGUGGAAAAGCCUUUGUCCAGAAGUCACAUCUCCGAGUGCAUCAGAAAAUUCACACAGGAGAGAAACCUCAUGAAUGUAAUGACUGCGGCAAAGCCUUCAGCCAUAAGUCACAACUCAUAACCCAUCAGAGAAUUCACACAGGGGAGAAACCUUAUGAAUGUAAUGACUGUGGCAAACCCUUUGGCUUGAGGUCAGCACUCAUGAGACAUCAGAGAAUUCACACAGGAGAGAAACCUUAUGAAUGUAAUGACUGUGGAAAAACCUUCAGCCGUAAGUCACAUCUUGUAAUGCAUCAGAGAAUUCACACAGGAGAGAAACCUUAUGAAUGCAAUGACUGUGGAAAAGCCUUUGGCCAGAAGUCACAUCUCAGAGUGCAUCAGAGAAUUCACACAGGGGAGAAAUUUUAUGAAUGUAAUAACUGUGGGAUAGCCUUUGGUUUGAAGUCAGACCUCAUCAAACAUCAGAAAAUUCACAUGGCAGAGAAACCUUAUGAAUGUAAUGACUGUAGAAAAGUCUUUAGCUAUAAGUCACAACUCAUAACCCAUCAGAGAAUUCACAAAGGAGAGAAACCUUAUAAAUGCAAUGCCUGUGGAAAAGCCUUUGGCCAGAAGUCACAUCUCAGAGUGCAUCAGAGAAUUCACAAAGGGGAGAAAACUUGUGAAUGUAAUGAAUGCGGCAAAGCCUUUGGCUUAAAGUCAGCACUCAUCAAACAUCAGAGAAUUCACACAGGGGAGAAACCUUAUAAAUGUAAUGACUGUGGCAAAGCCUUUGGCUCAAAGUCACAACUCAUAAUACAUCAGAGAAUUCACACAGGGGAGAAACCCUAUGAAUGUAAUGACUGUGGAAAAGCUUUUGGCCAGAAGUCAAAUCUCAUAACUCAUCAGAGAAUUCACACAGGAGAGAAACCUUAUAAAUGCAAUGACUGUGGAAAAGCCUUCAGCAGGAAGUCAGACCUCAUAAUCCAUCAGAGAAUUCACACAGGAGAGAAACCUUAUAAAUGCAAUGACUGUGGAAAAGCCUUUUGCAGGAAGUCACAUCUUGUAAUCCAUCGGAAAAUUCACACAGGAGAGAAAUCUUAUGAAUGCAAUGACUGUGGAAAAGCCUUUGGCCAGAGGUCACAUCUCAUAAUUCAUCAAAUAAUUCACACAGGGGAGAAACCUUAUGAAUGUAGUGACUGUGGAAAAGCCUUCAGCCUUAAAUCACAUCUCAUGAUCCAUCAGAGAAUUCACACAGGGGAGAAACCUUAUGAAUGUAAAGACUGUAGAAAAGCCUUUGGACAAAAGUCACAUCUCAUGAUCCAUCAGAGAAUUCACACAGGGGAGAAACCUUAUGAAUGUAACGUCUGUGGAAAAGCCUUUGUCCAGAAGGCAGACCUUAUCAAACAUCAGAGAAUUCACACAGGGUAGAAUCCUUAUGAAUGUGAUGUCUGAAAAAGCCUUCAGAUAUAAGUCACAGAUCAUAAUCUAUCAGAGAAUUCACACAGGAGAGAUGCCUUAUGAAUGCAUUCCCUGUAGAAAAUUCUUUGUGAAAAUCCCACCUUGUCAGAAUUCACAUAAGGGAGAAACAUGAGUGUAAUGACUGUGGAAAAGCCUUUGGCAAUAAGUCACAACUCCUAAUGCACCAGGGAAUUCACACAGGUGAGAAACUUUAAUGACUAAGGAAAAGCUUUUGGCCAGAAGUCAGACCUUUUUGAACAUCAGAGAGUUUGAAUGGGGGAAAACCAUGAAUGCAAUGACUGGAAAAACCUUUGGCCAAAAGUCAGACCUCAUCAAACAUCAGAGAAUUCACACAAUGAAGGAAGCUUAUGAAUGUAAUGACUGUGGGAAAACCUUUGGCCAGAAGUCACAACUUAUAAUGCAUCAGAGAAUUCACACAGGUGGCCAUGGGUUUAUCAUAAGUUGCCUUGAUUGUGUUGAGAAAUGCUCCUUUUCUACCCAGUUUGUUUAAUGAUUUUUACCAAGAAAGGGUGUUGUAUUUUUUCAAAUGCUUUCUCUGAAUCAACUGAGAUAAUAUCACUUUUGUUCCUCAGUUUGCAAUGGGAUGAAUCACAUUCACUGAUUUGGAAAUGUGGAACCAUCUCUGCAUAUAGUGAUAAAUACCCCUUGGUCCAGGUGAAUGAUCUUUUCUGAUGUGUUGUUGGGUUCAAUUAGCUAGUAUUUUGUUGAGGAUAUCUGCAUCUGUGUUCAUCAGAGAUAUUAGUCUGUAGUUCUUUCUCUGUUUUAUCUUUUUCUGGUUCAGGAAUCAUGAUGCUGGCUUUCUACAAAGAUGUUAGGGGUACUCCUAUAAGGAAAAGGGAGAAGAAACAGAGAGGAGACUGGAUACAAAUGCACAGCAAGUCUGAAUUUAUUCAAAGAAAAUUAACUCACAGUGGUUGAUCAAUUGCCAGUGUGAACAAAGAAUGAACACAUGGAUUGAGGGUUAAGACUCCCGGGUCUGGGCAUUUUUAUAUCUUAGGCAGGCUAUGGGUGGGGGUGGGUGUUAAAAGUUGGAGAUGAACUCCUUUAUACAGGAUCUUCAAGUUUGCUUCUACCAAACCAGUGGUUGAGUGCAGGGAUUUGGGUGGAGAAUAAUAGGGUGUGAGACUGAAUUGGGAUUCAGUGACAAGGGAUGGCUUCAUGACUUAAUAUUGGUAGAUUGUGUCCAGGAAUCUAUCCAUUUCUUCUGCAUUUCCCAAUUAUUGACAUACAGAACUUUGUAGUAAUUUCUGGUGAUUCUCUUUAUUUCUCUGGUAUCUGUUGGUAGAUCUUGUUUUUGUCUCUGAUUUUAUUGAUUUAGGCCUUCUCCCUUUUUUUUGUUGAUCAGUUGGGCCAAUAAUGAAUCAAUUUUGUUUGUUCAAAAAAACAGCUCUUCCUUUUACUGAUCUUUUGUAAGUAAUUUGCAGUUUGGGCUGUUGUUUUCCUUGGUCCUUGAGAUUCAUUGAUAGCUCAUUUGUUUAACACAUUUCCAAUUUCUUCAGUAGGCACCAGUUGCUCUAAACUUCCCUCUUAACACUGCUUUUGUAUUAUCCAAUAAGUUUUGAUGUGAUUUAUUAUCAUCUUCAUUCAUUUCAAGAAAUUUUUUGAUUUCUUGAUUUCUUUUAUGACCUACUGUUCAUUGAGGAGCAUGUUGUUCAGUCUCCCUGUGGUUGUAUAUGAUCUAGAGAUUCUUGAGUUGUUGAUUUCUAGCUUUAUUCCAUUUUUAUCAGAGGAGAUGCACAAUUUGACUUUCACUUUUUUUUUUUAAUUUGCUGAGACUUGCUUUAUGGAUGACCAUAUAGUCUUUUCUUAAGAAAGUUCCAUGUACUGCUGAAAAGAAUGUGUAUUCUGCAAUGAUGGGUUGAAAAGUUCUGUAGAUAGCAGUUAGGUCCAAUUGGUCCAUAGUUUGAAUUAGUUUUGUUCUUGUUAAUUAUUUGUCUUGUUGAUCUGUUCAUUAAUGAAUUGGGUUGUUGAAGUCUCCCAUUACUAUUUUAUUGGAGUCUAUUUCUCUCUUUGUAUCUUUAACAUUUCUUUUAACACCAACAUUUAUUUUAAAUAGCCAGGACCCUAAGCAUUCUGUGCAUAUACAUUUAUUUAUACUCACAUCUUCCCGUUGAAUUGAUCCCUUAAUCAUUAUA